UUUGUUUUGGGGAUCCCUGUGAGGGAAGUUCCACCAGCUCAUUUGUGGGCAAAUAAACAAGUUGCCAUCUUGUCCUGCACCCCUACUGCUUUCCCACUCCCCAAAAUAGGCAAGGAGAGCGUAACCAAACCUCCCCCAACAAUGUUGGUCUCAACCUCAGGCCUGCUCCUCCCCGUGUGCUUGUUGUUUCUUCUAAUAUUUGGCACUGUCACCGCUACUGACCACAUCGUGGGUGCUAACAAAGGCUGGAACCCUGGCAUCAACUACACCCUUUGGGCCAACAAUCAGACCUUCUACGUCGGAGACCUCAUCUCGUUUAGGUACCAAAAGACACAAUACAAUGUGUUUGAAGUGAACCAAACUGGGUAUGACUCCUGCACAACGGAAGGAGCAGUAGGGAACUGGAGCAGCGGCAAGGAUUUUAUACCUCUCAACGAGUCCAAGAGAUACUACUUCAUUUGUGGCAAUGGGCAGUGCUUCAACGGCAUGAAGGUUUCAGUCGUUGUUCAUCCCCUGCCUUCGCCCACUGCGUCACCCGCUGCCUCCCAUUCAUCAAACAGCUCCAACGCCGCUGGACUGGUAAUUUUGCCAAGGGGUAUAACUGGUUUCAGAACUUUGGUUGUUGCCUUAGCUUCUAUUUGGUUUGGAUCUGGGUGGGUUUAGCAGGACUUUCAGUUGGCUGUUUAAGCUUAGGGAACUGUAUUUGUUAAAAAUGAUUUGUGACACUUAUUUUUCUUGUUUUUGUUUUUUAGUGAAAUUCGGGUGGUGUUUCGUUGAUGAAAA